CCAGCUACCAAGAUAAAAAAAAAACCAUCACAAACAAGCAACUAUAUUUUGUUGUGAUGGCAUCAAUAUGGGCAGUAGCAUCUCCAUUUCUCUUUUUCAAUAACCCCAUAACUCACAGAAAUAUGGUUACAUGUAAAAAGAGAUUAUCUUUACCACGCUCCGUUCUUAAGGAUGAGAUGACCAUGGAAAUCAAUAUGAGAAGAUCAGCAAACUACCCCCCUUCAUUAUGGUCCGAUGAUUUUAUUCAGUCACUUUCUAGCGAAUAUACAGGAGAGAUGUACAUGGAAAGAUCACGAACUCUGAAGGAAGCAGUGAGGACUAUGAUUUGCAAAGGAAAUGAAAUACAAGAAAAUCCAUUAAGUAUACUUAAUUUGAUUGAUGAUUUGCAAAGACUCGGUAUUUCGUAUAAUUUUGUGAAUGAGAUCAGCAAUGUCUUGGAGAAUAUAUACUGCAACUACUACAAAAGUCACGAAGAAUGGACUAAGAUGGACUUAAAUCUUAAAUCCCUCGGUUUUCGACUCUUGCGACAACAUGGAUAUCAUAUCCCUCAAGAAAUAUUCAAGGACAACAUAGAUGAGAAUGGAACCGUCAAGGGAAGUGAAGAUAUCAUUGGCGUGCUAAACUUGUAUGAGGCUUCUUAUCAUUCAGUAGAGGAUGAAAGUAUUUUAGAUCAUGCUAGAAUUUCCUCAGAAAAAUAUCUUAGAGAAAGCAUACAGAACAUAGCUGAUAAAAAUAUUGCCUCGGUAAUAAGCCGCGCCUUAGAUUUUCCGCUUCAUUGGAUGCUUCCAAGGGUGGAAACCAAGUGGUUUAUUGAAGUGUAUGAGAACAGACUUGGCAUGAAUCCCAUAGUGCUUGAGCUUGCCAAAUUAGACUUCAACAUGGUGCAAGCAGUUUACCAAGAGGAUCUGAAAUACGCAUCACGAUGGUGGAAAGAAAUACGUUGGGGAAAAUUCGGCUUUGCUCGUGACCGUGUGGUGGAGAACUUUAUGUGGAGUGUUACUGAAAAUUACCUACCUCAUUUUAAAGGAAGGAGAGAUCUUACAAAGGUUAAUGCGAUGAUUACUACUAUUGAUGAUGUCUAUGAUGUCUAUGGUACUCUUCCGGAACUCGAAAAAUUCACUGACGUUGUGAACAGAUGGGAUCUCAACGCAAUCGCAGAACUUCCAGAUUAUAUGAAAAUUUGCUUCCAUGCACUCUACAAUGCGAUUAGUGAGAUGUCAUAUAACGUACUGGUAAAUGAAGGAGCCUACGUCAUUCCUUACCUAAAGAAGGCUUGGCAGGAUUUAUGCAACUCUUACAUAAUAGAAGCUAGAUGGUUCAAUAGUGGAUACACACCAACCUUAAACGAGUUCAUCGACAACGGAUGGAUGUCAAUAGGAGUUGUCCCUAUCAUCAAGCAUGCAUAUAUGUUAACUUUACCCAGUGUGUCUGAAGAUGCAUUGGAACAAAUUAAAAGAGCUGAGGAUAUGAUUCGCUAUGCAUGCACCAUUGUGCGACUUACUAAUGACAUGGGCACAUCAUCUGACGAGCUAGAAAGAGGUGAUGUUCCUAAAUCUAUCCAGUGUUACAUGCAUGAGAGUGGUGCUACUGAAGUUGAAGCAAGAGAAUACAUAAAAGAGUUAACUCUGGAGACAUGGAAGAAACUGAACAAAGAACGCCAAGCGAUUGGUUCAGAAUUGCCACAUGACUUCAUUGAAUGUGUAACAAACCUUGCCAGGAUGGGUCAUUUCAUGUAUACUGGUGGAGACAAGCAUGGUAAGCCUGACAUGUUCAAGCCCUAUAUGCUAUCGUUGUUUGUUAAUCCAAUCCUGGGGCAGCCAUAAGCAUGAGUUCUUUGAGAUGUAACAUAAUAAACCCAUUUGGUUAAUUAUAUGUACUUCCAUAUUUUUAUAAUUCCUAAGCUGUAAUGUGCCCGAUUUUUCUUGUAUUCUCUUGCUAAAGUAUGGUUUAUACUUCUUCUUUAA